AUGAUGUCAAGUACAUUCGUAUUUAAAUUACGCUUAGACAGGCAGUACUCCAGACUAACCAGUUCUUACUUUCUCUGCGGGCCGACAGUGGGGUCACGUCGCUUUCGCAGUCAACAGUCAGUGCUGCCUCAGUCAACGCUGGCAACUGGUCGCGCGAGCAAUGGAAAAGUCGCAUCUCAAAUUUCCCCAUGAUAUUCGCGAUGUGGAAGAGUCCACGAAUGCCGAACUGCUUGAGUACUUCAAAGGCGAGCGGAAUGGUUUUGUUCAGGUUGGAGCCGAGGGCUACUUCUUUCCAAACAAGUUUAAAGACGAGGCGGAGAAGUAUUACAACUUUGAGGCGCGACCGAAUGACGUCUGGAUAGUGACAGUGCCCAGAUCAGGCACCACUUGGACACAGGAGCUGAUCUGGCUGCUGGCCAAUGGCCUGGACUUUGAGCAGGCCCAGCGGCGACCUCUCACCGAGCGUUUUCCCUUCUUCGAGUUUCCCCUCUUCAUGCACAGCCAGGUCAAGGCAGAGCUUCUGGAGGAGAACCAUGAAUCAGCUGAUGCCUUGGAAUUCAUUGAGAAGAUUUCCCGGCCGGGAUACGAGGUCCUAAGUGAAGUGCCUUCCUCCGAGCGACGCUUCAUCAAGACGCACUUUCCAUUCUCCUUGCUGCCGCCGAGUGUCUUGCAGAACAAAUGCAAGAUCGUUUACGUUGCCCGCAAUCCCAAGGACGUUGCAGUCUCCUAUUACCACUUGAACCGACUCUUCCGCACCCAGGGAUACAUUGGCGACUUUGAGCGCUUCUGGCGAUACUUCCAACGAGGAUUAAAUCCCUGGCUACCUUACUACAGCCACGUGAAUGAAGCCCAGAACCAUUGCCACUUGUCCAACGUUCUCUUUCUGCGUUACGAGGACAUGCUGAAGGAUCUGCCAGACACUGUGCAUAGAAUUGGUUCCUUUCUGGAUUGUAGACCGACUGCCGCAGACCUCGACAAACUACUCGAUCAUCUGAGCAUUGAAAACUUCCGCGAGAACAAGUCCGUGAACAUGCAUGAAAUGGCCUCCGUUGGAAUCCUGAACAAAAACGAGGCGGGAUUCGUCCGGAGCGGCGGUGGAGAGAGUGCCAAAAAUGGUCCGCACACUCAAAGGGAGUUUGGCGAUAAUCCCAAGCUGUUGAAAUGCGCCAACGAAUGGAUCGAACAGAAUGUUAAAUGCUUUAAGACCAUUUGAAACUGUGGAGAAAUAUAGCUCGACGUCACCUGA